AACUUCUGACUUUUGCCCCGUUUCCACUUAGAAGUUCCUGGUAAACUUUAGUUGCGGGAACUUUACAGGAGUGCCAUCGAGAAGAUACCGAGAAUAAAGUGGUGUUGUAUCCUGAGAAAGAAUGGAGCUGUAUCUGGAUCUUUUUUCCCAGCCCUGCCGCUCAGUUUAUAUUUUCGCCAAGAAGAACAACAUACCGUUUGAGUUCAAGCAGCUGUCUCUGAUGGAUGGUGAGCAGUAUGGAGAAGAGUUUGGAAAGAUCAACUUGAUAAGAAAAGCCCCUGCUCUUCGAGAUGGAGACUUCUGCCUGGCUGAAAGCAUUGCCAUCCUGCUUUAUCUGGCAGAGAAGUAUAAGACCCCAGACUUCUGGUACCCACCAGACCUCCAGCAGCGCGCUCGCAUCAAUGAGUAUCUGUCAUGGCAGCACAUGGCCAUCCGCAUGCAUGGAUCCAAGAUUUUCUGGCUCCGGCUUAUGAUUCCCAAGGUUCUGGGUGUGGACGUUCCCCAGGACAAGCUGGAUGCAGCCUUGGAGGACUUGAACGGCUCUCUGAAACUCCUAGAAGACAAGUUCAUCCAGGACCGGCCCUUCAUUGCAGGAGAGCACAUCUCAUUAGCUGACCUGGUUGCCAUUGUGGAGGUCAUGCAGCCUGUGGGCUCCGGCCUGGACGUGUUUGAGGGUAGGCCCAAGCUGAGCGCGUGGCGGGACAGAGUCCAGGCUGCCAUUGGUAAGGAGCUGUUCGACGAAGCCCACCAAAUAAUCCUUGGUGCCCAGGAGAGAGUGAAAUUGUUGGAUGCCGGCAAGCUUCAAUUCUUCAAGCCCAAGAUCCUCAAGUUAUUCCUGUGAAGAGGAGAACAGGUUCUCUCAUUCUCCUCUUGAAAUUAAAGAUAACUCAUGAUGCAUGAUGUUUCUCUGUUGUUACUGGAUACUAUACAGUAUGCAUCCCAAGUCUCUUUUAUGAAGAACUCCCAAUGUUUUAAUGUAAAACAUAAGCACUAGUACAUUUCACAAUAAUGAAAUCAUGUGAUAUGUAGUACUGGUAACAGAGGUCAGACACAGUCCUGAUGUGGUGUUACACAACAGAAAGGAAUGUGAAAUGUGAGAUAAGCACUGUUCUGGGAGUUUCAGCAUUUCUGUUUCCUCUAACAGUUCUGGAGAACUGUUAUUCGUGCUGCAUUAUGGCCACAGUACAUGCUGUUAAUCAGCCACUCUCCACAUGAUGAAUCAUUGUAACACUCACCUUAAUAAGCCUUAAUAAACAACUUAAACUCUG